AUGUUAGGAAUCGGGCGCGAGCGCCUACCCCGGCCUCUCGAAUUUGAGCAAAUGGAACAGGGACUAAGCUCUGCCUACCACCCGCAGACGGACGGGCAGAGUGAGCGGGUGAAUGGGCUUCUGGAGCAGUACCUCCGGUGCUAUGUGAACUUCCAGCAGACCAACUGGGUAGAGCUGUUACCCUUUGCCGAAUACAGUUAUAACAACAGCCUGCAUGGUUCGAUAAAGGUCUCCCCGUUCCAGGCUGUGCACGGGUUUGCUUUGAUUCUGGUCGAUGACCACAGCAGAUUUGCGUGGGUGUACGCUAUUAAGCAUAAAAGCGAUGUAUGUGCAACUUUCAAGUACUGGGCUAGAAGGGUGCAGAAGCAGUUAAAUGCCAGAAUAGCCUCACUUCAAACAGAUCAAGGGGGCGAAUUCCAAAGCAAAGACUUUGCCAACUAUCUGAGGCAAGAGGGCAUAAAACACAGAGUUGCCAAAGUUUCCUCUCCGUGGGAAAACGGGGUCGUUGAACGGAGAGCAGGGGUACUCCAGGGUAUCUGCCAUGCUUUGCUAGAAGACAGUGGUUUAAAGCUGGCAUACUGGGGUGAAGCCUUGAAAACGUCCUGUUACAUCUCUAACCGUUUGUGGACGGAGGCUAUAAAUGUCAUACCCUACAGGGUCUUGUAUGGGAGAAAGCCAACCCUGGAUCACCGUAGAAUUUUUGGGUCUAAGGCAUGGGUGAACAUUCCUCUAGAUAAGAGGAGGAAGGGAGGUGCUAAAGCCAGGAAACUUGUGUUCGUGGGGUAUCAGAACGGCAUGAAGUCUUAUAGAUUCGUGGACGGUAAUGACUUAAUAAAACUGAGUAGGUCUGCCUCGUUUUGCGAGGAUGAUAAUUGGACCAAAAUCGAUGCCAAUGAAAUGCCCAAAGAAACUAAAAUGCAACUGUCUCUGACAAGUGAGGAGGGGCAAAAACCAGAAAGCAAGCAGGCUCCCUCACUGGAGCAGAAGGAGGACAGUGCGAGUAGUUCUGAAAGCAUUAAACAGCAGGAGACUUCUGAGGCUGUAAAAAGGGAGCCGGUUGAAAUCAGGGUCUCUGCAAGAGAAAAUAAAGGCAGUGGAGAGACGCUGUUGAGCCGCUGUCUUUCUGGAGGUGUGGAAACGGCUGAUUUUCCUCCAGUCCAGGUGUUUCGGCCGGAGGCAAAGGUGAUGAAAGAGACCCUGAGAAAGAAUCUGGAUCCUCAUUUCUCUGCUGCUUACAUUUACAACACCCCCUGCCCCCUGAAUGGGAUUACAAACAUCCCCUUUGACUGUGACCUGGAAAAGAUCCUGUCAAGAACCCAAGCCUGGGUCCCCCUGCAACAUAGAACCCACACAAGGGAGAGACCUUUUGAAUGUUCAGAGUGUGGAAAGAGAUUCAGUGACAGUAGCAGUCUUCAAAGUCAUCAGAGAACCCACACCGGGGAGAGACCUUUUGAAUGCUCAGAGUGUGGAAAGAGAUUCAGUCAAAGUAGCAGUCUUCAAAGUCAUCAGAGAACCCACACAGGGGAGAGACCUUUUGAAUGCUCAGAGUGUGGAAAGAGAUUCAGUCGGAGUGACUAUCUUCAAAGUCAUCAGAGAACCCACACAGGGGAGAGACCUUUUGAAUGCUCAGAGUGUGGAAAGAAAUUCAGUCACAGUUGCAGUCUUCAAAGGCAUCAGAGAACCCACACAGGGGAGAAACGUUUUGAAUGCUCAGAGUGUGGAAAGAGAUUCAGUCGGAGUGGCAGUCUUCAAAGUCAUCAGAGAAUCCACACAGGGGAGAGACCUUUUGAAUGCUCAGAGUGUGGAAAGAGGUUCAGUCAGAGUGGCAGUCUUCAAAGGCAUCAGAGAACCCACAUAGGGGAGAAACCUUUAGAAUUCUCAAAGUGUGGAAAGAGAUUCAGUCAGAGUGGCCAUCUUCAACUUCAUCAGAGAACCCACACAGGGGAGAGACCUUUUGAAUGCUCAGAGUGUGGAAAGAGAUUCAGUCGGCGUUUCAGUCUUCAAAGUCAUCAGAGAACCCACAUAGGGGAGAAACAUUUUGAAUGCUCAGAGUGUGGAAAGAGAUUCAGUUGGAGUGGCAGUCUUCAAAGUCAUCAGAGAACCCACACAGGGGAGAGACCUUUUGAAUGCUCAGAGUGUGGAAAGAGAUUCAGUCGGAGUGGCAGUCUUCAAAGUCAUCAGAGAACCCACACAGGGGAGAGACCUUUUGAAUGCUCAGAGUGUGGAAAGAGAUUCAGUCACAGUGGCAGUCUUCAAAAUCAUCAGAGAACCCACACAGGGGAGAGACCUUUUGAAUGCUCAGAGUGUGGAAAGAGAUUUAGUCGGAGUCGCAGUCUUCAAAGUCAUCAGAGAACCCACACAGGGGAGAGACCUUUUGAAUGCUCAGAGUGUGGAAAGAGAUUCAGUGACAGUAGCAGUCUUCAAAGUCAUCAGAGAACCCACACCGGGGAGAGACCUUUUGAAUGCUCAGAGUGUGGAAAGAGAUUCAGUCAAAGUAGCAGUCUUCAAAGUCAUCAGAGAACCCACACAGGGGAGAGACCUUUUGAAUGCUCAGAGUGUGGAAAGAGAUUCAGUCGGAGUGACUCUCUUCAAAGUCAUCAGAGAACCCACACAGGGGAGAGACCUUUUGAUUGCUCAGAGUGUGGAAAGAGAUUCAGUUGGAGUCGCAGUCUUCAAACUCAUCAGAGAAUCCACACAGAGGAGAGACCUUUUGAAUGCUCAGAGUGUGGAAAGAGAUUCAGUCGGAGUGACUCUCUUCAAAGUCAUCAGAGAACCCACACAGGGGAGAGACCUUUUGAAUGCUCAGAGUGUGGAAAGAGAUUCAGUUGGAGUGGCAGUCUUCAAACUCAUCAGAGAAUCCACACAGAGGAGAGACCUUUUGAAUGCUCAGAGUGUGGAAAGAGAUUCAGUCGGAGUGGCUAUCUUCAAAGUCAUCAGAGAACCCACACAGGGGAGAGACCUUUUGAAUGCUCAGAGUGUGGAAAGAGGUUCAGUCACAGUAGCAGGCUUCAAAGUCAUCAGAGAACCCACACAGAGGAGAGACCUUUUGAAUGCUCAGAGUGUGGAAAGAGAUUCAGUCGGAGUGACUCUCUUCAAAGUCAUCAGAGAACCCACACAGGAGAGAGACCUUUUGAAUGCUCAGAGUGUGGAAAGAGAUUCACUGAAAUAUUUGUGGAUACUGAGAACCGGCCCUUGUUGGUGGGAGUUCUGCCAAGUCCUGAGAGGGGAAUUAGUGGAAAGUAG